AUUGCCUUGGCCUUUUUCCUUGCGUUGCUUGCUACGGACCUGUGUUGUGAGAUGGCAUGUGUGACUGCGUGUGGAGGGCUCCGUUAGGUCAGAAAUAAAUAUAAACAUGCAUUCCCAUCGAGCAUCUAGCCUGAAACAGCAAAACAAGCAGCACAAAACUGGCAGACACAAGAGCAACCGGUCUCUGGAUAACAUCAGCAAAGGCAAAGUUCAGCUGAAGGCACUCACCCGACGCAAGCAGCAUGACCAGAAACGGCAUGAGCGGCGACUACAGGCGCGCCAGAUCCGCGCCAACAAGCGCCAGGAGGCGUUGAACCGGCGGCGCGCGCUUGGCACGGCCAGCACGCCGCCAUUUCUGGUGGCGCUGGUGCCGCUGCACGGCGGCGCGAGCGCGCGGGAGGCGCUGGCUCUGCUGACAGCUGCCGAAGCGGACCUGACGGUCACCCAGUCACCGCAGGGCGUCACCCACAUCAGUGUGGGGCGGCUGCGGCGUCGGCUCGCCGUGAUCUCGCCGCCCGGCGGUGACCUGUACGCCACGCUGGACGCGGUCAAGGUGGCCGACUGCGUGCUGUUCUUGCUGGGUCCGGACGGCGCCGACGAGGAAGGCACGCGCAUCCUCUCGGCGGUGUUCGCACACGGCGUCUCCUCGACGAUGCUGGCCGUGCUCGGCCUACAGCACGCCACACCCAAGCGCCAGAGCGAGGCCAAGAAGCAGAUCCAGAAGCAGCUGGAGCGCUGGUUCGGCAGCCAGGACGGCCGGCUGCACGUGCUAGCGGCGCCGUCGGACGCGUCGGCGCUGCUGCACCACGUGACCAACGGCAAGCUGCGCCCGGUCACGUUCCGGGAGCGACGGCCGCAUCUGCUGGCCGAGCGGCUUCAGUUCGAGCCGGAUCCCGAGCAGCAGGUGUCCGGCUACCUGCGCGGUCGGCGCCCGCUGUCGGCCAGCCGGCUGGUGCACGUGUGCGGCUGGGGUGACUACCAGCUGUCGGAGAUCACCGGACCGGCCGACCCGCACCCGCUGGCCGGCCGGUCGCGCGCCACCGCCGCUGCUGACCAGGCGAUGGCCGACGCUGAGGAGCGGGUGCUGAGCCGCGCCGACCCGGCCAUACAGGAGUCGCUGCAGGCGGAGAACAUGCCCGACGAGCAGAUGGACGGCGACGAGCCGUGGCCCGACGACGACGCCCUGCGCGACGCCGAGACCCUGAACCGCGUGGCGCGCCGGAAGCGGGUGCCGCGCGGCACGUCAGAGUACCAGGCCGCCUGGAUCGUGGACAGCGACGGCGAGGCAGACCAGCCGGACGACGCCGACUCGGACGGCAUGUCGUGCGACGACGCCGACGAAGCGGCAGCGCCGGCCGCUGCCGAUGACGACGAGGACUCGGCGUCGGACGACGGCGACGGAGGCGCGUCGGUGGCGCCCACCGAGUCGGAGGCGGCCGUCGACGACGACAAGUACGACCGCGACAUGGACCUGGACGAGGAGGCGACCACGCUGAAGAAGAUCCGCGAGGCGCGCGAGGACGAGCAGUUCCCGGACGAGGUGGACACGCCCAAGGAGGUGCCGGCGCGCGUGCGUUUCCAGAAGUACCGCGGCCUGGCCUCGUUCCGCGCCUCGCCAUGGGACCCCAAGGAGAACCUGCCGGCCGACUAUGCACGCUGCUUCCAGUUCGCCAACUUCGAGCGCACGCGCCGCCUAGCGCUGGCCGAGGAGCCGGAGGGAGCCCAGCCGGGUCAGUACGUGUCGCUGCGGCUGCUGAACGUGCCGUCGUACCUGUGGUCGAGCCGGGACCCGGCGGCGCCGCUGGUGGUGUUCGGUCUGCUGGCGCACGAGCAGAAGAUGUCGGUGCUGAACUGCGUCAUCCAGCGGCACGCCAGCGGCCAUCAGCGGCCGAUCCGCGCCAAGGAGCGGCUCGUGUUCCACGUGGGCUUCCGCCGGUUCGCCGCCGCGCCCGUCUUCAGCCAGCACACCAACGGCGACAAGCACAAGAUGGAGCGCUUCUUCCGGGCGGACUCGGCCGUCGUGGCCACGAUGUUCGCGCCGAUCGUGUACGGGCCGGCGCCGGUGCUGGUGAUGCAGGAGGACCGCGACGGCAGCCAGGACCUGGUGGCCACGGGCUCCGUGCUCUCCGUCAACCCGGACCGCAUCGUCACCAAGCGCGUCGUGCUCAGUGGCCACCCGUUCAAGAUCAACAAGCGCUCGGCGGUGGCUAGAUAUAUGUUCUUCAACCGGGAAGACAUUAUGUGGUUCAAGCCCAUCGAGCUGAGGACCAAGUACGGAAGACGGGGCAACAUCAAGGAGCCGCUUGGCACGCACGGCCACAUGAAGGUCGUGUUCAACGGGCCGCUCAACUCCCAGGACACCAUCCUGAUGAUGCUGUACAAGCGGAUGUUCCCCAAGUGGACGUACGACCCGUGCGUGGCCGCUCCGCCCGCCCUCUACAACCCGGAGCGGGCGGCGCCGUUGCCACCGCUGCCGGAGGAGGCCGACGAUGACAUGGUGGACACCUGAGCCCCGCAGCCGGCGGGUCGGUCUCGGCUCUCGCGGCGAUGCUGUCAAACCAAACACGGGCGGAGAGUAUGAAAUAUACCGUGUAUUGGAU